UCUCAAUAUUCGCGUUUGAUUGUUUGGAAAUGGCGAAUUGAUCCAUGGUUAACUUAAUGAAAAACUGACCCCUAGUAUUAAUAUAAAAUUUUUCUAAUGAAUUCUCCAGAAUUUUUAUCAACAUCUAUGCAUUCUAUGAGAGAAAUUCCAUCUAAUUAUUUAUGACAUGGAGAUGCGCAAAUGCGAAUGUUUCCACUGAUAUGAACUAGUGAUUUAAUUCCGCGGGGUUCUAGUGAUGUUCUAGUAACAUUCGAAAAAUAUCGAGUAGCGAAGAAAGUGCGGACUGUAUCUAAGACAAGUGCAUGUAUUCCAGAACAUGUCACUCUUUUUCAAGAACAGAUGAUCAGAGCUAAAUAGCCGAUAUUUCUGGCUAGCGGAGAAUUUGAUUGAUAAAAAUGCCGAAGAAAUUUGUAGGUGAGAAUAGUAAAGCCGUAGCGGCUAGAGCUCGCAAAGCAGCUGCGAAAGAGGCAGAGCAUUCUCGAAAAGCUCAGGAAGCCGAGGAUAAAGCUUGGGAGGAUGAUGACAAGCAAAUUCAAAAAAAGAAACAAAAACAGGAGGAGUUAGAAAAAAAACGACUGCAACAAUUAGAGAAGAAAGCAGAGGCCAAGGCCCUCCUCGAGCAAGAAUUGGCGACAAUCAAAAUUGGUGGCAAACAGCCCGCCUCAAAAAUAACAAGAGCAGAGAUAAUGUCAGCCACCGAGAAACGUAAUCAGGUUGCAAUGAAAAAGAAGGAGGAGGAAAAACCGAUAGAGGAGAAUCUCAACAGAAUUGUCCUAGAAGGAGAAACGGCCCACGGAAUUGACGAGGCCCUUUCGAUCUUAAGCGUCAAAGAUCCAGAGGUGGAUCGUCACCCUGAGAAACGGGUGAAAGCUGCUUACCUCAGUUUCGAGGAGCGCAUGAUGCCACUCAUAAAAGAGCAGAAUCCCACCCUGAGACUCAGUCAGCUCAAGCAAAUUCUGAAGAAGGAAUGGAUGAAAUCACCCGAAAAUCCCCUCAACCAGAGGCUCAUGAAUAACUGAAAUGAAACGAACCUUCCAAUAAAUCGUAAAACAGACAUAUGUGGCUUUUGAAAUAAUUCAAUGAACAAUAAGGGAAUAACUAAUAAUUUAUAACUGAAAUGGAUGUCAUAGGAUACAUGGAACAAAUAACAUUCAUAAAUCAUCUUUGGUACAUAAUUCAACAUGCACAAAAUAUACAAAAUAAAAUACUCAACAAGAGCAAUCUGCAGACUGCAGUUCAUAA